AUGGAGGAAACGUACCUUCUCAACCAUCCAGGAGUGAGGAAGAAGAUUCUGGCUGGGGGCACAGGACCGCUGCCACACUUUCCACCUGGGACAAAGCUGGUGUUUCACUUCCAGACGCUGUUAGACGACUUCGAGCGGACGGUCAUCGAUGACAGUCGACUGGCUGGCAGGCCGGCUGAGAUCUUUGUCGGAAAGAUGUUCAAGAUGGAAGUCUGGGAAACGCUGCUGACAUCCAUGAGGAUUGGAGAGGUGGCUGAAUUCUGGUGUGAUGCCAUUCACACAGGGUUGUACCCGAUUGUGUCCAAGGGAAUGAGGCUGAUCGCUCAAGGGAAAGACCCCCUGGAGGGCCAGAGACACAUGUGCGGCAUGGGAAACCUGUUCCACUAUCACUCCACUGGCUUCCCAGAGCUGGAUGAGCUAAUGAGAACUCCACAGCCACUUAUAUUUAUCAUGGAGCUGUUGCAGGUUGGAGACCCCAUGUCCUACCACAGAGAGUCGUGGAUGAUGGAAAAGGAUGAGAAGCUGCAGACAGUGCCAGUUCUCCACAUGCAGGGCAAUGCGCUGGUCAAGCAAAGACAAUUCAGAGAGGCUGCCAGCAAGUACAAAGAGGCCAUCCUGCUGCUGAAAACUGUCCAGUCCAGAGAAAUGCCGGGUGAUAUAGACUACAUUAACUUGGGUCGAAUGAUUAUCCCGCUGGAACUGAACUACUGCCAGUGUAUGUUGGAGCUGGAGGAAUAUUAUGAGGUUAUAGAGCACACCACCGAACUGCUGGAGAAACACAAAGACUGUGUGAAGGGCUACUACAAGAGAGCCAAGGCCCACGCUGCUGUGUGGAAUGAAAAGGAAGCCCGGAGAGACUUCAACAUGGUGGCCCACCUCGACAUCACUCUGGCGUCUCUUGUCAACAGAGAGCUGAAGGCCCUGUCAGAGCGCAUGAAGGAGAAGUACUGGGAGGAGAAGGAGAAGUACUGGAACAUGCUGGAGCAAAAGGAGAACAGCAAAAAAGAAGAUGAGGAAGAGGAACAUGAUGAGGAGGAGAAGGAGGAAAAGAAGGAAGACAAAGGAAGACAAGAAGAAUCUCCAUCCAAUGAUGAAUUUGGUGGAAGUAAAAAAGGCACAGUAAAGGUCACACUGGCUGAGGGAGCAGGUAACAAAGAGGAAGCAAGCUCUUCUGAAAUCAAUCCAAAUGCUUCCCAUAAAACAGAGGAGAAGGACUGGCAACAGAUGCUACGACUGGUCAUGUUGCUGCAGAACGAGGGAAACUUCCUCAUCAAAGAAAACAACUUUCAAGAGGCUUCUGUAAAGUUCAAAGAAGCCAUAGAAUAUGUUGACUUCCUUCAAGAUAAGGUGGAUAAACACAGCGAGGACUGGGAGUCACUGGAGAAAGUGCGUCUUCCUCUGAUUCUCAACCUCAGCCAGUGCAUGCUGGAGCUGAAACAGUACCAGCAAGUGGUGGAGCUCAACGACAAGCUGCUGAAGAAGCAUAAAGGUAACUUUAAGGCGGUGUACCAGCGGGCGCGAGCACAUGCCGCUUUAUGCAAUGAGGAUGAAGCUCGGAGGGACUUGGAAAUGGUGGAGAAGUUGGACCCAAAGUUCAAACCCUUCGUUCGACAGGAACUGAAAAAGCUGGGUGAGCGCAUGCGCACCAUGCACACCCUCCAGAAUAAAACUUACUGGGAUACGACGCAAGAGAGGUGGGGGCCUGGGGGAAGCAAGACCAAGAGAGCAGCAAGAAAGAAGAACAUCAAAUUUGCACAGAAAGCCAUAGUAGAAAAAGCUGAAACAGAUGAGAAGAGAGAAGAGAGUAAGACUGAGGGGAAGGAAAGCUCAGAGAAAACCGCCCCUGCUGAGACAGAGGGAGUGGAUGACGCAGAAACGGAGAAAAGUCCAGAUGUGAAAGCAGAGCGGAGUAAUAAAGAGCUAGAGAAUGGGAGAGCAAGUGAAGAGGGGUUAGAUAAUGAAAAUGUACAGAGUGUGGUAGUUCAUGAGUACAGGCAGGGUGCACCAGAUAAUCGAGCAACAGAUAAAGAUACCAAUCCUUCGCCCACCAGCACAAGCAAAGAUAAUAUAGUGAGCAAGAGAUCAGCAUGCGAUAAGGGCAGAAAGAAGGUCAAAUGCCAAUCAAGUGCUGCACCGGACCCGAGCAGUACAAGGCAAGGGAACAAAGCCACCAGUGAUAAGACAGGAAAUGGUGACACUCAAUCAGAAUAG